CUACAACCUUGCAGAUAAAGAGCACCUCAGGCAACUUUCUGAAACUGGAUCAGCAAGAAAAUGCAACUUCCUGUUUUUACAGUGGAUGCAUUUACUAAUGAAGCAUUUCGUGGGAAUCCUGCAGCAGUCUGUCUUCUUGAAAAUGAAUUGGAUGAAGAUAAACACCAAAAAAUCGCAAGAGAAAUGAACCUCUCUGAAACCGCCUUCAUCCGAAAACUACACCCAACAGAUGAUUUCACCCAAAGUUCGUGCUUUGGGUUAAGAUGGUUCACGCCAACCAGUGAAGUCCCUCUCUGUGGACACGCCACCCUCGCCUCCGCCGCGGUACUAUUUCACAAGAGAAAAAAUAUCAACUCUACUCUAACUUUUGUAACGCUGAGUGGGGAACUAAAGGCCAGACAAGUAGAAGAUGACAUAGUACUGGACCUGCCCCUUUAUUCAACUUACAUUCAGGAUUCCCAGGAAGUAGACGACAUGAUAAAGGCAGCAGUAGGAGAUGUGCAGAUUCAGGAUAUUCGUUAUUCUCCAGACAUCAAGAAACUCCUCGUUCGCCUCAGUGAUAAGUAUGAAAGGUCGUUCCUGGAGAACCUUAAAGUGGCUGCUCAGAAUCUCCCACAAUUCGAGAGGACUGGGAAGGUUAAAGGCCUCAUCCUCACCCUGAAAGGACAGCCGGGUGGAAAGCCCCAGGCUUACGACUUUUACUCUAGAUAUUUUGCCCCGUGGUAUGGAAUUCCUGAAGAUCCUGUCACAGGAUCUGCCCAUGCUGUCCUCAGCGGCUACUGGUCCCAACAACUGGGGAAAAAAGAAAUGCGAGCUUUUCAGUGUUCCUGCCGUGGAGGAGAACUGAAGAUGUCCCUGAGGGAUGAUCAGAGAGUCGACAUCAGUGGUAAAACGGUUAUUGUUUUGACAGGCAGUUUGACAGUCUGAAGGCCUCCGGGUUGAGAUUUACACAUUACUGCUAAAUAUCAUUCUGUUGUACUCUCCCAAGUGCUUAUCACAGUGCUCUGCAAACAGUAAAUGCUCAAUAAAUAUGAUUGAAUGAGUAGGUAGUGACGUAGCAGUUAUAUAAGUCCAGGUCCAUGAUGCUAUCCGCACUUUGGAUUUCAACUUGCCCCUGGCAUGGUGGACUUUAUGGGCACCAUGAAGUUAUGUGACCAUAUCCACCAAUGGAAAUGGGCCCUGCCAUUGCGGAGGGCCACAUAACUUCUCAGUCUCGAGUGGCAACGUAGUUUCUCUUUCUGGAUGGGGUCACAGGGCAAUAGAGCCGGUCAGUCCACACAUCAUUGGCUACCCAGCUCCCCCAACCCCACCCCAAGGCCCUAGGAUUUGUUUGGCUCUGUCUGAAUUCCUUUGUUGGACCUGGGAACCAUUCAUGAGAUAUUUGGAUGGCAUGAAAAAUUGACAGCCAGUUUCAUUUAGCAUGUAUCUGUGAGAGGAGUAAUUUCUCUCUUGCUUGGAUAUCUUCCAUACCAAAAACAACAAAUGUCACAUUGCUAAUGCACUCUGUAUUUGUGAAAAUGAUGCUAAGAAUGUUCAGAGAAGCUAAUGUUAAACCAUUGUUAGUGUUCAGAAUGUGGGUUCCAGCUCCCCUCAUGUAGAAAAGAUAAAUGUUAAAAAUAAUGACAUCUCUAUCCCUUAAAAUGAAUGUAAUCCCUGCUGCUGCUGUAAUAUUUUAUUUUAAUAAAGCAAGUUAAUGCUACUUUAA